ACAAAUUAACAUCGGUGCGCGGCGCAUAGUUCAGUGUCAGCUGUUUUAUUGGGGAUUGCAUAUAAUUGUCAAAAAUCACCUUGUGUAUGUGUGACUGCUUGUCAAAAGCACAAAAAUAUUGUAAUCGCUUUUUGUACCUCUGACGUGUCCUGAAGCUGUACGUUUUUAAUUUUAAGAAAUUCAAUAAAAAUUCUAAAAUUAUUGACACGAAUACAGUGAGACAACAAAUCCAAACAACGUUUCUUCCAUUGCAUGUAGUGUCACCAGACUCAAAGAGCUAAAUUUCUGUAAAUCUUCAGUGUUUUGAACAUUGAAUUCAUUUUCGUGGAACGGUUUUCAUUAAGUUGUUUAUGAAAGGAUGAACGACAGAACCAGGUUUCUAGUCUGCGCCCUGGGAAUAUUCUUCUGCUAUUUCUAUUUCGCUAUUCUACAAGAGAAAAUCACUCGCGGACGGUAUGGCGAUGAGUUGAAUGAAGACGGUUCGCAUGGAGAGCGAUUCACCUUUAUGUUGACACUGGUUGGAGUGCAAUGUUUGUGCAAUUGGAUCUUUGCUAAAGGAAUGUUAUUGGCCCAACCGCAAAAGGAAGAUAAGACACCCACAUCGUACUAUAUCAGUUCGGCGUUGACAUAUCUACUAGCCAUGAUUACGUCCAAUAUGGCACUGCGUUGGGUUCCAUAUCCCACGCAAGUCGUUGGCAAAUCAGCCAAACCGAUUCCUGUGAUGAUUCUUGGUGUUCUAAUUGGAAACAAGAAGUACGACCUGAAGAAGUACAUUUGCAUCAUAAUGAUUGUUAUCGGCGUCGCUCUCUUUAUGUAUAAAGACGGUAAGGUGUCGUCAGUGAAGGAGGAGACAAUUGGCCUCGGUGAAUUGUUACUAUUUCUGAGUUUGUCAAUGGAUGGCUUGACGGGAGCAAUUCAAGAUCGAAUGCGAGCGGCCAGUGCACCAUCUGGCAAACAAAUGAUGUUAGGAAUGAACGGAUGGAGCACAAUCAUGACAGGUGUAGCUGCAUUGGGUACCGGAGAGUUUAUGGACUUCAUUGCAUUCGCUGGCAAAUAUCCCCAUCUAUGGAUCAAUUUGGGAAUGCUUGCACUGACCGGUGCAUUGGGGCAAUUAUUCAUUUUCAUGAUGGUCGCCGGUUAUGGUCCACUUUCCUGUUCCGUUGUCACUACGACCCGGAAAUUCUUUACGGUUUUGUGUUCGGUAAUAUUUUUCGGUAAUGUACUGGUCACACGACAAUGGUACGGUGCAGUGUUGGUAUUCGCUGGUCUGUUCGCAGACAUGUUCAUGGGCAAGAAACCACAGCCGGCGAAAAAGAGUGCGGAAAAGGAGAAAGAGAAGGAUAAACUGAUAUCAUGAGGCUAGAUUGGACCAGUCUGUGGAACGGACAUUUAUCAAAAAUAUCGAAACUAAUUUUUAAGUCAAAAAUAUUUUCUUUUGUUUAUUUUUGUACAGUGUAUCGUCGUAGUCUAAUCAUCUUUUUUGGAUGAAUGAAAUAAAUAAAUUAUUUUAUCGGACCGAG